CGCGGGGUUAUGCUAACGAGGCCGCCGCCGCCCCGCCCCCCAGUUCCCUCCCGCCCUGCGCCCUCCAUCUGGGUGGGUGAGAGAGCGAGGGCGAGUGCGGGCCGCGGUGCGCUGUGGGAUACUGGCGGUAUAUAGUCUAUCCUCGGUGCGGCGUUAGCUAAGGGGGCCAGGCAGGAGCGGGGUAUGAAGAUGGCGGACGCCAAGCAGAAGCGGAACGAGCAGCUGAAGCGCUGGAUCGGCUCCGAGACCGACCUGGAGCCGCCCGUAGUCAAGCGCAAAAAGACCAAGGUGAAGUUCGACGACGGCGCCGUCUUCCUGGCCGCCUGCUCCAGCGGGGACACCGAGGAGGUGCUGCGGCUGCUGGAGCGGGGCGCCGACAUCAACUACGCCAAUGUGGACGGGCUCACCGCGCUCCACCAGGCUUGUAUAGAUGAUAACGUAGAUAUGGUGAAAUUUCUGGUGGAAAAUGGAGCAAAUAUUAAUCAACCAGAUAAUGAAGGCUGGAUACCUCUACAUGCAGCUGCUUCCUGUGGAUAUCUUGAUAUAGCAGAGUAUUUAAUUAGUCAAGGAGCACAUGUAGGAGCUGUAAAUAGUGAAGGAGACACCCCAUUAGAUAUUGCUGAAGAAGAGGCAAUGGAAGAGCUGCUUCAGAAUGAAGUAAAUAGACAAGGGGUUGAUAUAGAGGCAGCUCGAAAAGAAGAGGAAAGAAUAAUGCUAAGAGACGCAAGACAGUGGCUCAACAGUGGCCAUAUAAAUGAUGUCAGGCAUGCAAAAUCUGGUGGUACAGCACUUCAUGUAGCUGCUGCUAAGGGCUAUACAGAAGUCUUAAAGCUUUUAAUACAGGCUCGCUACGAUGUAAAUAUUAAAGAUUAUGAUGGCUGGACACCACUUCAUGCUGCUGCUCACUGGGGUAAAGAAGAAGCAUGUCGCAUUUUAGUGGAAAACCUAUGUGAUAUGGAGGCUGUCAACAAAGUGGGGCAGACAGCAUUUGAUGUGGCAGAUGAAGAUAUUCUAGGAUAUUUAGAAGAAUUACAAAAGAAGCAGAAUCUGCUUCAUAGUGAAAAACGGGAAAAGAAAUCUCCCCUAAUUGAAUCCACAGCCAACAUGGAUAAUAAUCAGACACAGAAAACAUUCAAAAAUAAGGAAACAUUGAUUAUGGAGCAAGAAAAGAAUGCAUCUAGUAUAGAGUCUCUGGAGCAAGAAAAAGCAGAUGAGGAAGAAGAGGGAAAGAAGGAUGAAUCCAGUUGUUCUAGUGAAGAGGAAGAAGAUGACGAUUCAGAAUCUGAAGCAGAGACAGAUAAGACCAAAACCUUGGCAGCUGUAACUAAUAAUGCGAAUACCACAAGUAUGCAGUCAGCAUCAGUAGCUGUGACCACACCUUCAGUAGCCAGUGGCCAAGGGGCACCUACAUCACCUGUUAAAAAGUUUCCAACAUCUACAGCCAAGGUCUCUCCCAAAGAAGAAGAGAGGAAAGAUGAAUCUCCUGCUUCCUGGAGGUUAGGUCUUAGAAAAACUGGUAGCUAUGGUGCACUUGCAGAAAUUACUGCUUCCAAAGAAGCUCAGAAAGAAAAGGACUCUGCAGGUGUUAUGCGUUCUGCUUCAAGUCCUAGACUUUCCUCUUCAUUGGACAACAAAGAAAAGGAGAAAGAUGGAAAAGGAACUCGACUUGCAUAUGUUGCACCUACAAUACCAAGACGACUGGCCAGUACCUCUGACAUUGAUGAAAAAGAAAACAGGGACUCGUCUGCUAGCUCAAUACGUGGUGGCAGUUCCUACACCAGGAGAAAAUGGGAGGAAGAUGUCAAGAAAAACAGUUUGAAUGAAGGUCCUACAUCAUUAAACACAAGUUAUCAAAGAAGUGGCUCCUUUGGAAGAAGACAAGAUGAUUUGAUUAGUUCUAAUGUUCCAAGUACCGCAUCAACAGUUACCUCUUCUGCUGGUCUUCAGAAAGCACUGCCUGCCAGCGCAAACACUACUACAAAGAGUACAACGGGUUCUACUUCAGCAGGUGUGCAAAGCAGUACCUCAAAUCGUUUGUGGGCUGAGGAUAGUACUGAGAAAGAAAAGGACAGUGUUCCUACAGCAGUGACCGUUCCUGUUGCACCAUCUGUUGUAAAUGCUACAGCCAUUACCACAGCCAUGACUACAGCUACUUCUGGCACUGUAUCCUCAACAUCAGAGGUCAGGGAGAGACGGAGAUCAUACCUCACUCCAGUACGGGAUGAAGAGUCAGAGUCCCAAAGAAAAGCUAGAUCCAGGCAAGCAAGACAGUCUAGAAGAUCUACACAGGGUGUAACACUGACAGAUCUUCAAGAAGCUGAAAAAACUAUAGGAAGAAGUCGUCCCACACGAACCAGAGAACAGGAAAAUGAAGAAAAAGAAAAAGAAGAGAAAGAAAAGCAAGACAAAGAAAAACAAGAAGAAAAAAAAGAAUCUGAAACUAAAGAUGAUGAUUAUAGACAAAGAUAUUCCCGAACUGUUGAAGAGCCAUAUCAUCGCUAUAGACCAACUUCAACUUCAACUUCUUCAUCAUCCACCUCUUCGCUGUCCACCUCCACUAGCUCUCUUUCAACUCCAAGUCCACUAAACAGACCAAACAGCCUUAUAGGUAUAACUUCUGCCUAUUCUCGGAGUGGAACAAAGGAAAGUGAGAGAGAAGGGGGCAAAAAAGAGGAAGAAAAGGAAGAAGAUAAGUCACAGCCUAAGUCUAUAAGGGAAAGGCGGCGACCGAGAGAAAAACGACGAUCUACAGGAGUUUCUUUUUGGACUCAAGAUAGUGAUGAAAAUGAACAGGAACACCAGUCCGAUUCAGAAGAAGGAACAAAUAAGAAAGAAACUCAGAGUGAUAGCCUUUCAAGAUAUGACACAGGAUCCCUCAGCAUGUCUUCAGGUGAUCGUUACGAUUCAGCACAGGGGCGAUCAGGGUCACAAAGUUACCUUGAAGAUCGAAAACCAUACUGCAGUAGACUAGAGAAAGAAGAUAGCACUGAUUUUAAGAAGCUUUAUGAACAGAUUCUAGCUGAAAAUGAAAAACUGAAAGCACAGUUACAUGAUACCAACAUGGAACUUACAGAUCUUAAGCUACAGUUGGAGAAGACCACUCAGAGACAAGAAAGAUUUGCUGACAGAUCACUCUUGGAAAUGGAGAAAAGGGAAAGAAGAGCUCUAGAAAGAAGGAUAUCUGAAAUGGAAGAGGAACUGAAAAACCUGCAACAAAUAAAGCAGAUUCAAACUUUGAGACACAUAAAUGAGCAACUGGUGACUGAGAAUAGGGCCUUGACCCGAGUGGUUGCCAAGCUGUCAGGGUCCUGUAGGCAACUGCGCUCUGUGGACUUGUAAUUUCUUCCUUCUCCUUUGUGUAGCCAGGCAGGUGUUGACAAUUCAGUUUGUGCUUGAGCAGAACUUUACUAUUAACGCUUGUGUGUCAGAAACUGACUGACUGCUGCUCGGUUAUGGAAGUGUGGCUAAAGCAUGGUGUCUGGUGUACCAACUACAGGUAUUGCUGAUGUGUUGGUAUGGUGUGGUGUUCUUACUAGCACUGAAGCUUGUCCUCCCGUGCUUGGAAGAUAAAUUGACAAUGAUCCAGAAGACCUUUGACAUGUUAAAACCUUGGCAACAAUUGAAGGGAUUUGAGUGCACACUAGGAUACACUGAAGUCAGUCCCUUGUUUUGAUGUUUGAGUAAAUGCUCAGAUAGAUUUUCCUCUAGUUUUCUAAGAAAUUGAAAUUAAGAAUUGAGCUUUCUUACUGCAGUAUAAUUGAGGUGCAUAGAAUUGAUUAAAAUCUAGUCUCAACUAAAGAAUGUUUGAGAACUGUUUUCAGUAUUGUGCAAUCCUGAACAGUGGCAUCAGCAACUUCAUUUCUUACAUUUGUGUGUUUUAGUGUUUAGAGGGGACCAAAGCUUUUUCUUUAAGAAAUGUAUUGGAAUUUCAAGUUGAUCAAUAUUUUCACAUAUUAACUUCCACUGCGGUUCUGGCCAAUUCUCAUUUUUAUCUAGACAGCAUAAAAUACCCAGUUUUAGCACUGAGUUAAGGUUAUUGAUUUAUAUUGCUACAUAUAUAUAUAUAGGUAUUCCAGUUGUGGAGCAAAUCCUAUAAUGCAUGGACUAUACAAACGCAGACACAAAAAAACCUGCCUAAGGUGUCAGAUUGGUUCAUACUUACCAGGUCAUCUGGUUCAGUCCUCUUCUGUUAUAGGUAUGAACUAUUUUGAGUUUCAUCUUGGAAAAAAAUGCCAGUUUGUUGUCCCUAGUGUUAUGGCAGGGCUCUUUCAGACACCCACAGAAGGUACACAGCUUCUAUGAGGAACAAAAUAUAGUUUCACUCCACACCAAAUCUAUAUGCCUGCCUUCCUCCUUGUUUUUGUAACAGCUGUAUAGACUGGAGGUGUUUCAGUCAGCUUUUAAGAUGUGUAGGUGAAAAAAGUUAUUUUUCCUUCUGCACAGUGACACUUGCUAAACUGCUUCCCCUUGCCUACCGCCCUUCCCACUUAAAGAGAGGUGAUGAAUGUACAUUUUUUUCAUUCCGCUUAGAGUCCGAUCUCAGGUUUUCCUCACUAAGAGGCAUGAAAUAAAGAGAAGGUUUAUCCUUUGGCUUUGUUUCUUCCUGGAGUUGGUCUGAUAAUAGGAUGUGGAUAGAAAGGUUAUUCUUGGUCCAGGCCCUGCAUUCCUCAACUUUCCCUUGUGUUAACCCUUGCUGAGUGAGUCAAGUCAGCUCACUGACCUGGCUGAAAACAGAUCUCUCUAUUCAUUAUAUUAUUUGAACCAUCUCUCUCCAGCAUCGUUGAAUCACUAAAGUAACACGCAGAAAGCAGCAGGAGCAUACUGCUGGCAUGAGGAGGGAAAGCUGUCCCUUUAGGGAAGCCCAUCGUACAUCAGCUUCAGCUAACAAUGGUGUGUUUCAACAGAGCUGAGCUAAUCUAAUGACUGCUGUCCACAGCCAUGUGUCCAUUCCGGGUUUUUUUUGCUAGCACUGGCAUUCCUUUAACCAUGGUAAGCCAAUUCAGGGUGUUAACCCACAGAAAACUACUCAGUAUUCCUUUUAGUAGAGGGAAUUUUCAGUGGCAGAUAAUUGUGCAGCUUGAGGAGCCUGGCUAGCAAAAGAAAAGCAAUGGAAAUAGAAUAGGGAGGCUUGACAUGAUGGUAGCUUAACCAUAGCAGCAUGCCUGAUUAAUAUAAACAGGUACCUUAACAGUUUAUGAGUUUUUUGUAAUCUUAAUUCACAAAGCUGUUUUGUAUGUAAAAAAUGCUGAAUCCUCCAGCAAAGACAGACAUUAUUACUGUACAGAUCCAAGUUGGCUCCACAUAUGUUGUCAGGUGAUUCUUGAAUAACUAUUUGCUCAACAACAGCACUGCAAAUUUUCUAGCUAGUCAUAUAUUGCAGAUAGGCAAAAUAGUGCAUUUGUAGCUUUAUUCAAGGAUCUCAUAACAGGAAAAUACUUUGGUAUUUUAGCAAGAAACAGAUUAGAAUUCAAAGUGUUAAGUACAGUAUGUAAAAUUUUACUGAAUUUAUUGCAAAGGUGUUUUUUUUCCUGCCUUUGCACAUUAAAGGUGUGUGAUGUCACCUCAUGAGAAGUUUGAGUACCAGAGGAAUGCACUGCUGCAAGAAAAUUGUCUGACUAGGUUUAAAGUAUGUGGGGAUUAGUAUGGAUGAGAAGCCUAAAUAUUUUAGGUUACUCGAGCUUAGCCUUCCUGAUCAAUCUCCUAUUAUUCAUAACUGCUUUUGUCUCCUACCAGUCGUCUUCUAUUCUUUAGAAGACUCACAGCAAAAGAAAAAAAAAAUUCUUAGUAACUAUUCUACCCAUUACUUUAAUCAGGAUUAAAAUCUGUCUACAGAGAUUUGCAGACAUAUAAUGGUAGCUGAUUAUGUUAAAGCUCUACAUUUGAACUGCAGCCUUUUUGUUAAAAUAGUUUACCAGAAAAUAUACCACUCUGUGGGUCUGCCUGUAUGUAACUAAGCAUUAUGGGCUGCAGCUCCCUAGUCAGGAAGUUGAAAGAGGACUGUGACAUUCCUGGAGUUAGUGUGAGGUUUCAUUGGAAAGCAUACGUGACAGCACUUGUCGCGGUACCUAUUUAAGGACAAAACCAGACUCCUUUGCUUCCUUGUGCGUGGCUAGAUGAAGCUGUUGUGGUGGUUUCAUCCAGGAUCUUUGGUAUCAAGUCCCUAACAGAAUGAAAAGGAGGAAGGAAAGGUUUUAGUUGCUUUGCCUGAACAAAUGACUGUCUCACUGUUUGCAGAUACACAUACUAGGAGUCAUAUCCAGAUAACAGGAGCGUGUACCGCGCAUGUACCUGUAGUAGUAGUAGAAACCUAGGGUUGUUCCAUAAUGUGUAUCACAGAUAACAGUGAUUUUUUUUUUAUUAGUAGAUUUGUACAGCUUAGAAAACGUAACACAAAUAAGACUUGAAAAUUGCCAAAUGAUUACUUGUGUUGCCCAAUGUCAAACACCUUGACACGGGUUUUGGAAGGAAUCAGCAUUUCACAGCACUUUCUCUUUAGAGCACAGCUCUCACUUCACUAUAAUGGAAGCCUCAUUCUGACUCUGUGAAAAACUCAGUUUAGGUAGCUUGUCCUAAGCUCCACCGUGGAGCAGAGUUGGAGCGCAGGUUAGAAGUCCAGGUUAGCAGAAUGAUUUUUACUUAAUGGUAGAGACCACCUUUUUUCCUCUUACGAUAUCUUGUCAUCUUCCUUUCGCAUGCUUUGGUAUUUGCAGGUAAAUAAACUAGAAGUUCUGUAACCACAGUCAUCUUCGGUGCAUCAUCGUGUUUCACUGUAUGGGAGGGUCUGCUGUUGGGUGAACUGAGUGUGGACAGGAAUCCUUUAGAGGAGAUCUGUAAAUGAAGCCUCUAGUGCAACACACAGUUAAUUAACCCUGCAUUCUUAAACUUCUUGGUUCUUUUCUGUUCCAUAAUAAAGUUCUGAAUAUAAUGAGCUUGAAAGUAUAAUUUUGCUCGAAUAAAAUUAAAACGACACUAGUGGCAAGGAAAUUUCAUCGUGAAGAAUUAUGUAGCAGUUGUUACAUACGUCACUAGCUGGACUUAGACCUCUUGUGUGCCCUUGCACUUGAUGUUACUGAAUAACUGCUGUGCAGGAAUAGGCGGUUACCUCCUGUGUAAACCUCCUGCUAGAAACUAUACACGUACCUUAGCCAUGAGUAUUACAGGUGGUUUGCUGUCAGUGUAUGAAUGUAGAUGUGGAGGACUGCUGAGAUUACUUCUAGUUUCUUUGACAAGUUAAAUUCUCCCAGUACAAACCUCUGUGCACUGACUUGUCCUUCUUUCCUGUUUGAGCCUGUCCAGCUCUUACCUCACUUGGCUUCUGCCUCCCAGCUUUUGUGCUUGUGUGUCACCCAUCUCCUGCGGCAACUUUAACUUGCCAUCUCCUAACUUGUAUGUUUGAGUUUGCAGCCUGGUGUUUCAGUGAUCUGCUCGUGUGUGAACUAUGCUGUUCAGGAAUAUGUCAAAUUAUCGGAUGUGUGCUUCGACGCAAGUUUGGAAGUGGUUGGAAGAUUAAUGCUAUGAGCUAACAAGCUGAAUCACACUGUAUCUGAUCAGGAUGAAAUCAUCCAAGAGCACAGUGGUAGAUAAGCUUAACCACAGCAUGUUUUUUUGAAACUCUGCAAGUGCAGUACUGACAAGCCUUUUUACAUUGUUGGUAAUUAACAUCUUUUGGUUUUGGACUGAAAUUUGAAGCACCUAAUUACUUUCCCCACACUACUAUAAAUGUUUUUGUUAGCAGUUGACAUCUGUACCACUGAGAUUUAGUGCAUCUAGUCUAAGCAAAUGAAAACUCCAAAUCUAUAACUGUAUCAUGUUAAAAGGUGAAAUCUUUCUGACCUGCUGAUAUGAAGGGGGAGAGCUGCCAGGAUGCUUAAGCUGAAUAAAGAAUUUUACCCCCAGUGCUUGUCUAGUCUUGCUGCUUUUACUUGGGGUAUAAUAGCAAAUAACUGUCGUGUUUCAUUUU